AUGGGUAACGACGGAGGCUCCAUUCCCAAACGUCGCGAACUCGUCAAAGAAGCCGCCCGCGCUCUCACCGUUAGCGAACUGAAAGCAAAUGCCCUCGAGUCCCUUGGCCAUGCUUGGAACAAUGACCCCUUGACAAGUCAGCCCCUCGACAAGGACAAUGUCGUCUCAGAUUGGCGCGGCCGCCUCUACAAUUACGAGUCUAUCCUCCAGGGUCUGAUGCCCUCCGACGACAAUACCGAAUCACCGCCCUCCAACCCCGAUUCUCAAGAGUUCACAUUUGCGUCUACUGGAAUUAAAUCAUUGCGCGACAUCGUCAAGCUCAAGUUUCACCGAUAUACUCCGCCUGGGACGAAGAAAGAUAUUUGGGCUUGCCCAAUUUCUCUAAAGGAACUGGGCCCCUCGGUCAAGGCCGUCUACCUCGUUCCCUGCGGUCAUGUGUUUGCCGAGCUUGCCAUCAAGGAGAUCCAGGAGUCGAGUUGCCCCGAGUGCAGUGAAGAGUUCAAAAGCGAAAACGUGGUGCCGAUCCUGCCAAUCGAGGAAAUAGACCUUAAAAAGCUGGUGCAAAGAAUGGACGACCUGAAGGCCGCAGGGCUCGCCCACAGCUUGAAAAGGGAUAAAAAGGACAAGAAGGACAAGAAGAAAAAGCGGAAGGCAGAGGAGGCCGUCGAGGAGGGUGACAAGGCAGGCAAGAAGAGGGCAACAGACGAUUCGGUUGCUCCAAAGUCUGUCAAGAAGGAGGCUUCUGGGAGAAUCAGCGGAAUCAACAAUCCCAUGGCGGCAUCAUUAACGGCCAAGGUGAUGGCCGAGCAGGAGGAGCUCAGCAAGCGGAGGAAGAUGGCAUCGUCGAGGGGGUAG